AUGGAAGACAAGUUACCCAGCAACUUGACCAUCACCAAUGGUUCAACUUCUAGCCAAAAACCACUUGAAGGCCACAAUCUUUGGGAAGUAAUCACCAUCGCUACUGUAACGGCCAUCUUAAGUUUGAUAACCAUUCUGGGAAAUGUUCUGGUAAUGAUAUCAUUCAAAGUCAACAGCCAGCUGAAAACAGUGAACAAUUAUUAUCUACUCAGUCUUGCCUGUGCAGACCUUAUAAUUGGAAUAUUUUCUAUGAAUCUUUAUACAUCAUACAUAUUAAUAGGGCACUGGUCUCUUGGAAUUUUGGCAUGUGAUUUAUGGUUAGCACUCGAUUAUGUAGCUAGUAAUGCUUCAGUAAUGAAUUUGUUAGUUAUCAGUUUUGACCGAUAUUUUUCUAUUACACGUCCUUUAACCUAUAGGGCUAAACGCACACCCAAAAGAGCUGGGAUUAUGAUUGGUUUGGCUUGGCUGAUUUCUUUCAUUCUGUGGGCACCUGUAAUCUUAUGUUGGCAGUACCUUGUAGGGGAGCGAACUGUCCCAGCAGGAGACUGUCAAAUACAAUUUUUGUCUGAGCCUAUUGUUACCUUUGGUACUGCAAUUGCUGCUUUCUAUAUCCCAGUUUCGGUGAUGACUAUUUUAUAUUGCCGCAUUUACAAAGAGACUGAAAAACGAACCAAGGAUUUAGCUGAGCUUCAGGGCUCCAGUUCUGUGACUGAGUUUGAAACAGUGAAGCCUCAGAAAACCCUGCUGAAGUCUUGCUUUAGCUGCAGGCAACAAAAUUUGACCAAAAGAGACCAAUCUCAGGCUUCGUGGUCUUCAUCUAGUAGAAGUACUUCUGCCACAGCAAAAGCAUCUCAGAUUCAAAACACCUGCCAAGAUUGGUCGAGGGCAGAGCAGCUGACCAUUUGCAGCAGCUAUGCCUCAUCUGAAGAGGAGGAAAAAUGCCCACCUGAUCCAGUCUUUCAAGUAGCCUAUAAAACCCCUGUAAAAGGGAAGGUUGAUGAGCAGAAAGAAGAGAAAAAGGAAGCUUUUAUCAACGACCAACAUAAAGAGAAUGACUAUGACACCCAGAAAUAUUUUCUAACCCCAACCAAAAGUCAGGUGCAAAAAAGUAAUAAAUGUGUAGCUUAUAAAUUCCGGUUGGUGGUUAAAGCUAGUGGUGCACCAGAAACUAACAAUGGUUGCCGAAAAGUCAAAAUCACUCCUUGUUCUGCCAGUUUAUCCAAAGACGCUUCCAUCAAAAAUAUGGAUCCUAACUUAAGUAAUCAAAUUACUAAAAGGAAAAGAAUGGUUCUUAUAAAAGAACGUAAAGCAGCGCAGACUCUAAGUGCCAUUCUUCUAGCUUUUAUAAUUACAUGGACACCCUACAACAUAAUGGUAUUGGUUUCCACAUUCUGCUCAGAUUGCAUUCCUCCAACAUUGUGGCAUCUUGGCUAUUGGUUGUGCUACGUAAACAGUACUGUGAACCCAAUUUGUUAUGCCUUGUGUAACAAAACAUUCAGAAAAACCUUUAAGUUGUUGCUCUUCUGUCAAUGGAAGAAGAAAAAAAUGGAAGAAAAAUUAUAUUGGCAGGGUAAUACAAAGCUGCCUUAA